UGCUACUAUGACAUAACUGUUUUUGUGCUACAAUCGAUUGCGUUGCUCAUAAAAAUCAAGUGUUAAAUAUAUUAAAUAUGCUAGUUUUGGAACAGAGACUCUGCGCUGCAAUUGGACCCAUUGUGAACUAUGGAUCUCUUCAGAAUAAAUUUAUUGUGAAUGGCUGCAAAUUUCGGGUGCUGCGCAACUUUGCUGAUAAAACGGAUUGUCCAAAAACCGAAACUAAACUGCCAAGGAAGCUAAGCCUUAAAGAUGUUGAUGUUGCCGAUAAACGCGUAUUUAUGCGAGUAGAUUUUAAUGUGCCGAUGAAGGAUGGUAAAAUUACGAAUAAUCAACGCAUUUUGGCUGCAUUGCCGACUAUCCAGCAUAUACUGCUUAAGGAAUGCAGAUCUGUGGUGCUUGCCUCCCAUUUGGGUCGCCCGGAAGGCAAAAAGAUUCUAAAAUUCUCAUUGGCACCCGUUGCCAGGGAGCUGGAGAAGCUGCUGGAGUGGCCAGUCUGCUUUAUAGACGAUUGUGUUAGUCCGAUGGCUCUUGAAGCAGCAGAAAAUCCGCCCAAAGGCGCUGUCAUGCUACUGGAGAAUCUGCGUUUCCAUGCCGAGGAAACGGGCAGCUUUAAGCAAGGCGACGAAAAGGUUAAAGUCGAUGCGGAGAAAGUGAAAGACUUUCGCUGCAAGCUGUCCAAGUUGGCAGACAUCUAUGUGAACGAUGCCUUUGGCACUGCGCAUCGUGCUCACAGCUCAAUGAUGGGCGAAGGCUACAAAGUACGUGCAGCUGGCUUUUUGCUGGACAAGGAGCUGGAGUACUUUGCCAAGGCGCUGGACAAUCCCAAGAAACCCUUUCUGGCCAUACUGGGAGGCGCCAAGAUUGCCGACAAGAUUCCGCUGAUUAACAAUCUGCUGAACAAUGUGGAUCAAAUGAUUGUGGCCGGCGGCAUGGCGUUUACCUUUCUCAAGAUUAUCAACAACAUGGAGAUUGGCAAAUCGUUGCUCGACGCAGAAGGCUCUAAGAUGAUCAACGAUCUGAUGAGCAAAGCGAAGCAAAAGAAUGUCAAAAUCUUGUUGCCUCUUGACUUUAAAUGCGCUCAGAAAAUCGACAAGGAUCCCGGUGAGAUCAAGUUGGCUGACGUCAAGCAAGGCGUGCCCAAGGAUUUUAUGGGUCUGGACAUUGGCGAAAAAACAAUUGAGUUGUACAACAAGGCAAUUAUGGAGGCCAAAACGAUUGUGUGGAACGGUCCGCCGGGUCUCUUUGAGAACGAAAAGUUUGCUGGCGGCACCAAAGCGAUGUUGCAGGCCAUUGUCUGUGCCACAGAAGCGGGCGCCACAACAAUUGUUGGCGGUGGCGAUACUGCGACUGCGUGUAAGAAUUUCGGAGGCAGCGACAAAGUUUCCCACGUUUCCACCGGAGGUGGCGCUGCGCUCGAAUUGCUCGAGGGCAAAAUUCUUCCCGGUGUUGCUGCCUUGUCGGAUGCCAAAGGAUAAUUCUAAUCGAGAAAUAAAGUGUAGUGUUUAUCGUGUAUUAACAAA